CACAAACAAACUCAAGCUUAAUUUGGCAUUUCUACUUUUCAAUCUUCUCAUCCUUCAUUGUUGGAGAGACAUGGCAAUUACUUCGCUUCCAAACUCCGUUAUGCUCUACUUCCCAAGUGUAGAGAAAAACCAUUUUGUGUACCGCAAGAACGACAGCUCGGUGGGUGACGGAAUCGACAGCGUGUUCAGCCCGGUGGUCAAGGUGGCAGUCGAGCAAUCAACGGCGGACAGCAGAUUCGUCAACCUCCGGUUCACCUACAACAACAAAUACUGGCAAAAAAACGCAGGCGACAACUCCAUCGUGGCCGUAUCGAGCCAGAAAGUCGAGGACACGACGGAUCCGUCGUGCACGCUCUUCGAGGCGACCGUGCAAUCCGGCGACGAGGUCUACUUCGUCCACGUCCAGACCGGGUGGCCCGUGGUGAUCAACAACCUCACCCGCACUUUGUACGUCGACCAGACCGGCAGCGCCGCAGCUCUAGGGUUUGUUGAUGGGAGUACAAUAGUCCAGCUGCCGACUAACAUAGCCCUGAAAGGAAACAACGCGAUGUAUCUGAAAGCUUACGCGGAAAAUAGCUGGUACCUGCAGUUCCAAGAGAGUGAUGCUAACAACGAAUUAUCAGUGCAGACGGUGACACUAAUGCCCAACGGAUACGUCCGGAUACUCUCCAAUCACUUUGGAAAGUUCUGGUGGACGGACACCUCUGACUCUGAUCAAUGGGUACACGCUGACUGGGAUGACAGCAAGGGAAGUGAAACCACCAGCUACUUCUGGCCUGUCAAAAUCGACGAUACCACAAUAGCGCUUCGAAGCGCAGCCAACAACAACUACUGCAAGCGUCUCACCACGGACAGCACCAUGACGGACUGCCUAGCUGCUGCAGCCGGAAGCAUCACGGACGAAGCGAAAAUGCAGGUGCAGGAGCUGGUGUCCCAUAGAAAGAUCUACAACGUGGCGUAUCGGAUGGAGGACGCGAUGAUAUAUGGCGAGACGCCUUUCUUGGCGGCCACAGCCACCCUCACCAACAACAAGGAUGAGGAAGCUUCCAUGGAGAUCACUGUCACAUAUCAAAGCGAGAUCUCUUAUACUUUCAGCCGCGGGACUUCGUUGACAGCAGGGCUGAGUGUCACCAUGGAAGCGGGGAUUCCCUUGAUUGGGGACGCAGGGAUUCAAAUCUCUUUUGAUAUAAACAAGACGCUUGAUUGGGACACCACCAUAACGACUAAAACUUCAGAUACGGCUACGGGCACGGUUACUGUGCCCGCUAACUCUACUGUAACUGUUAAAUAUGUCGGAACACGGGGCACGUGCAAUAUCCCUUAUUCUUACACUCAGGAAGACAUAAGCUCUACCACCGUUGGAACUACAAUUUAUCAACGGAUUGAUGGUAUCUACAACGGAGUCAGCUGUUACAACUUCAUCUUUCAAGUCGAACCACUUCAGUCUACCUAAAAUAUGGGACAUGCUUUGCCGGCAUCGAUCACCUUUCCCUUUCAUCUCUGUCUCUGCUUUAUGUUUUCCGAUUUCCGUUUUAGUACUGUCGUUUGAAGUUAUUUCUGUUGUACCCAUCGACUUUCCUUUUGCUUCAUUUCAAUAAAGAUCAAUGUCUUCCUAUUAA